UAGUAGCAGCUUAGAAUUUAUAAAUACAGGCCGGCCGGCUUUUGCAGCUGCAACCAAGCAGUGCAGUGACACCAACUCCACCUCUGCAAAACACAAGUCAGCCACUACCGAUCGAGAUGGGCUCCUCAAAGCUCACCACAGCCGUCAUUCUUCUCCUUCUUCCUGCUCUCCUCGCCCCAAUGGCCACCGCGGCUUCAAACUCCAACCUCUUCCGCGACUACAUCGGCGCCAUGUACAACGGCGUCAGGUUCACGGACGUGCCGGUGGACCCGCGCGUCCGGGUGGACUAAUUCGCCAUCGACUACACCACGUCCACGGAUCCCCCGACCCCAACGGACGGCCGGUUCAACGUGUUCUGGCAGGACACGGUGCUGACCCCGGACGCCAUCGCCGAGGCCAAGCGGCUCAACCCGAACGUGCGCGUGGCCGUGAGCCUCGGCGGCGCCACGGUGAGCGGCAAGCCCGUGUUCUUCAACGCCACCUCCGUCGACUCCUGGGUGAGCAACGCCGUCGAAUCCCUGACGGCCAUCGUGCGGCGCUACGGCCUGGACGGCAUCGACAUCGACUACGAGCAGUUCCAGGCGGACCCGGCCACCUUCGCGGCGUGCGCGGGACGCCUCGUGGCGGGGCUCAAGCGCGCCGGAGUCAUCAGCUCCGCGUCCAUCGCGCCCUACGGCAACGCCGAGGUGCAGCGGUACUACAGGGCGCUGUGGGCGGACCAGCACGUGCACGGGGCGGACAUCGACUAUGUGAACUUCCAGUUCUACGCCUACGGGGCCAGCACCACGGCGGCGCGGUACGUGAGCCUCUUCGACGAGCAGAUGGCCAACUACCCGGGGGCCAACAUCCUGGCCAGCUUCACCACGGCGGCCACCACCACCUCCGUGCCCGUCGACGCGGCGCUCAGCGCUUGCCGGACCCUGCAGUCGCAGGGCAAGCUCUAUGGCGUCUUUCUCUGGGCUGCGGAUCAUUCCAAGAAGCAAGGGUUCAAGUAUGAGACGGAAGUGCAGGCCUUGUUGGCUAAUGCCACCGGCUAUUAGUCUGUACCAAUAUAUUAAAUUAGAGUUGGUGGUGAUGGUGUACGUCAUGUUAUUAAAAUUACAGCCAAUAAGCUAUUGGAAAAAAUUGUAAACAAAACGAAAAGUUUUUUCCCCA